ACUUUGUGGCUGCUCGCCUCCCCUGGUUAGUCAGCAAAAGUGCAACCCGCACCUGGACUCUGCUUGAGGCAACCUUGGAAGGGGGGCAGCAAGGCCCAGGGCGAUAGAGGGGUGGAGCACAGCUCGAAAGGGACAGGUACGUGUUAUGGAGUUGCAGCAGCAGCACAGCAGCAAAGGAGCAACAACAAGGCGCGAGCGUCUCUGUCCUCAAUUCAGUAACGACACGUUUGAGCCACCAGCAGCAACUACACUUUGGAGCUCAUAGCUACUCGGUUUCCUUAGCAUAUCCUCCGCGAUUUUUCCAGGCUUCAAGCCGUCAGAUAUUCACGAUGGCGCAAGUCAUCUCAAACUCCGGACACGAUGACAUGAUUCACGAUGCGGUUCUCGAUUACUACGGGCGCAAACUUGCGACAUGCUCUUCCGACAAGACAAUCAAGAUAUUCGAGAUUGAAGGCGAGUCACAACGGUUGACCGACACAUUGAAAGGUCACGAGGGAGCCGUAUGGUGUGUGGCGUGGGCUCAUCCGAAGUACGGCAACAUCCUGGCCUCGGCAGGCUACGACGGCAAAGUCUUCAUCUGGAGGGAACAGUCUUCGCAGUGGCAACGGAUCUUCGACUUUCAACUGCACAAAGCCUCCGUCAACACCGUCUCCUGGUCACCGCACGAGACCGGUUGCCUGCUCGCCUGUGCCUCGUCGGAUGGCCACGUCUCGGUGCUGGAAUUCAAGGACAACAGCUGGUCCCACGUGGCCUUCCCGGCUCACGGUCUUGGUGUCAACUCUGUGUCGUGGGCGCCUGCUACAGCGCCAGGCAGCAUUCGUCGAUUCGUCACGGGUGGCUGCGACAACCUCCUCAAGAUUUGGUCGUGGGACGCCGCAACGCAGAGCUACACACAAGAAGGCGAAGCGCUGAGUGGCCACUCGGACUGGGUGCGCGACGUCGCCUGGAGCCCAACGGUGCUGCAGAAGAGCUACAUCGCCUCGGCGUCACAAGACAAGACGGUGCGAAUCUGGACAAGCGACAACUCAAGCCAGGGCCAGUGGAACGUCAAGGUGCUCAAUUUCGAGGCUGCGGUGUGGCGCGUAAGCUGGAGUCUCAGCGGCAACGUUCUUGCCGUUAGCGGCGGCGACAACAAGGUAUCACUGUGGAAGGAGAAUCUGCGCGGCGAGUGGGAGUGCGUCAAGACGAUGGAGGAGUAG